CGACACUAACUCGAAGAUCACGUGAGGGUCACGAGCUAACUUCGACAGAUAUAAAUAUUGGUGUUUCUUCAGUAAUCGUUACUAUUUUGUGCGGAACCUAACCAUCUUGACCGCAAUGUUUCGUCUGGCGUUAGCUGCUGUGUUGUUGGGGGUGGCCCUGAGUUUCCGGAUUGAUCUGGACGCGGAAUGGAAGUUGUUCAAGGAGACACUCAAUAAGCAGUACACAGACUCUGAGGAGACCCAGAGGCGCUUCAUUUUCGAGACGAAUGUGGACUAUAUCCGAAAACACAAUCUGGAGGCCGACAAGGGAAUGCACUCUUACAGACUUGGUAUCAAUGAAUACACAGAUCUGUCACACAAAGAGUUUAUUACCAUGAUGAACGGCUACCGCAUGGAACUGAAGACACCAAACUCCAGAGUCUACAGUAACGACUCUGUCAGCGAACUGCCCACCAAGGUUGACUGGAGAACCAAGGGCUACGUCACCCCCGUGAAGAACCAGAAACAAUGUGGUUCCUGCUGGGCCUUCUCCUCAACUGGAUCCCUGGAAGGACAACACUUCAAGAAGGAGGGCAAACUGGUGUCUCUGUCAGAACAGAAUCUGGUCGACUGCUCCAGGAAAGAGGGCAACAUGGGAUGUGGAGGUGGUUUGAUGGACCAGGCCUUCAAGUACAUCAAGGUUAACAAGGGUAUUGACACAGAGGCCAGCUAUCCAUACAAAGGGAGGGACGAGAAGUGCCACUUCAAGCGUGCCGACGUUGGUGCCACCGAUACUGGUGCUGUCGACAUUAAGAAGGACUCAGAGGAAUCACUUCAGCACGCCGUGGCUCAAGUGGGCCCCAUUGCUGUCGCCAUCGACGCCAGUCACCCAUCGUUCCAGAGUUACAGGAGCGGAGUUUAUGAUGAGAGGGCCUGCAGUUCCAAGAUGCUUGACCACGGUGUCCUUGCAGUAGGAUACGGUUCAGAGGGUGGCAGUGACUACUGGUUGGUAAAGAACAGCUGGGGCGAGACCUGGGGAAUGAAGGGAUACAUCAUGAUGUCCAGGAACAAGAACAACCAGUGCGGUAUCGCCACCCAGGCCAGCUACCCAACAGUCUAAACAUGGCCGUUAUAUCGGUCUCAGAUCUCAUCUCAGGACACUCCGUGAUCUUGUAGAUUCGCGUGUUCUUGAGUCUGUUUUUAGUCUGUAAUAUGUUGUAAUGUUUGUAUGUAAAUAAAAUAUAUUUCGUAAUAA